AUUCGUGUACCGUUUCCUUCUUUCUUUAUUCUCUCUCUCUUUAUGAGAAAGAUCGUUUCUUUUGAUCUGUUUCGUGGAACUCUGUUGUCUCUAGAGGGAAUCUAAAAGUUGAAACCUUUUUAUUCGUUCGAUUGAAUUUGAGUUCCAGCUUGUUUGUUCUCUGUUGAUUGAUUUUUGGAAACGAUGAGUGGUUUCCGAGAUGGUUGUUCAUCAAGUGGCUCGGUGAAUGUGAUGAUCGGAGUAUCAUCACCAGCUGAAGAAGGAGAAGACGACAACGCCGCCGCCGUGGCUCUGUCGUCGGAGGAUUCUUGUUCCCCCGACGAGACGGUGGCGGGAACAGAGAUCGACUUAGCUCUGGGUCUUAGCAUUGGUUUGAACAGAAGUAGGAAUCACUCAUCAAAGGUUCGGUCUUUUUCUUCAUCUUUGGCUUCCUCUUCGUCUUCGUCUCUGACCAAAGAAAGUGGGACGAAACGGUCUGCUGAUUCUUCUGCGGCUGCCUCAAAAGGACAAGUUGCGGUAGGGUGGCCGCCUCUACGGACUUACAGAAUCAACAGUUUGGUCAACCAAGCAAAGUCCGUGCCCACUGAAGACGACAUUCAAAAGGACACAACAACAACAACAACAAAAAACAGCGUGGUGGCUGCAGUGAAGAACGAUGAGGUUGGAUUCAUCAAAUCUCCAAUGCUUGUGAAGGUUACAAUGGACGGAGUUAUAAUUGGAAGGAAGAUUGAUCUCAAUGCUCUUGAUUCUUAUGAAGCCUUGGCGAAAACAUUGGAACAAAUGUUUUUCCACACACCUUCUUCUGUAACAACAACAAGAUGCAAGGAAACAACACGUGCUUCAGAACUGCUAGAUGGCUCAUCAGAAUAUAUUAUAACGUAUCAAGAUAAAGACGGAGAUUGGAUGCUUGUAGGAGAUGUUCCUUGGCUGAUGUUCCUUGGGUGCGUGAAAAGACUGAGAAUCAUGAGAAGAUCAGGUGAGACUGGAGGUGGCAAGUAGGGGUUCAUCUUCUCUGAGAAGACAUUCUCAGCUGAAGGGUGAAAUCAUCUUCUUUGUAAGAUGCAAAUGAUGGAACGUGGAGAUAAAAAAAAAGACAAGAACACAUAUAUAUAUACACAUGUAUUUAUGAGUAUAGUGUCUGCAGUGGUUUGUGAAUAUCAAACAAAAGUUUCGUUUAUAAGAAUAUGAAAAAUGAAAUACAGCUA